AACGUAACUCCGUUCAAUAAAAUUGUUUUCUCUUGUGACACCGAUGGAAAUAUAUUAACUGAGAUAUUUCAGGAAAAUGAUUAGUAAUUAUAAGAACAAAUCGCUUGAUAUAACAUCACUUGCAAGUAUCGCGACGAACGUCUUGCCUUCUGAACUUGCUGUAGCUUCUAACGGUCAGUAUGUUGCUUCCAUUUACUCUCUUCCAACUCAGUUAGGUAUUUGGAAGCUUCCAGAAUUUUCCAGAACCACUGAGCGACUGUGCACAAGUAAACCGGUUGAUUACACUCAACUUAGAACACCUCCUUUGUUGUUGCUAGAACACAAGAGACCGAUAAAAGUUAUAGCUCUCUCAAAACACGUGUCUUCAUUUUGGCAAAAGGGACGUAAUGUUCAAGAAUUACCUACAAAGACAGGCUUACUCUGUUCCGUGAACAAACAGUGUGUUAUGAUUUGGAAUUUGGAUUAUAUUCUUGAACAGCAAGUGCAAAACCAGACAAAAGAAUCGAGUCCUGUUACGACGACGAACACGUGUUUCGUAAACAGUGAAAACUGUGUGUUAUAUGCCGGCGAUAUAAUACCGUCUUACAGUGAGAUAUCUUACUGUGUGUUUAGUUGGCAUAAUGAAUAUAUUGCUGUGUGCUUGGACUCCGAUAUAUUGGUGAUAUUUAUCGGCGCAGACGUCGAAGGAUCGUCACGGAAUCAACCAGUCUGGUUAACUGAUACUGAGAGACAGUGUCAGAUUUUAAAAGCUCACAAAUGUUGCGUAAAUGCUAUAGAAUUUCAUCACCGUAAUGUUAACGUCCUGAUAUCUAUAUCUGAUGAUUCGUCGUAUAUCGUUUGGGAUCUCUGCUCUGUGCGCGUGCUAUAUAGGGGUCAUCUGCCUUAUUUGAUGGCAGUUCCAAUCGUGUUGGGCUUGAAUUGGGAAAAAGAUACUGCAAUCGUUGGUACUUCAAAUGGUCAUCUUGUUGUUAUAAAUCUAUCUUUGCCUGAUGCUACAUCGAAUAAAUCUGAAAAAGACUCUUUAUUUAAAAUUAUACAGUCCGUUGAUUGUUCUGAAAUAGUUAGGAAGAUGCAUACUUCUUGUGUUGACCAAAGUGUAGCGGUUGAUAGCGGUGGAUUAUCUUCCAUUUCUGUAGAGAGUAACUGCCUGGUGUUAUCUCUAUGUUAUUUACCACAAGAAAAAUAUUUGCUUCAACCAAAAUAUCGUCAAAGAACCCAUAACAAAUCGCUUUUUACAAACAGUGAUAUGGACUAUGAAAGGCUAAUAGAAUCGCCAUUAAUGGUAGUUGGUACAAACAAUGCUGUUCUCUGUUUAAAUGUUUAUACUUUAGAAUGCCUUGCUUCAGUAGAUUUAAAAAUUUACAACAGUGAACUGUUGGGAGAUCUCAAUACAUUGAGCCUAAUGCUGCCAGUAGAAACAGAAGACGACAUUUUACUUUUAACAGCAAAUUCCUUCAGCAGUAACCUAAAUAUAUCAAGAAUGCAAUCGAAUUUUGAAACAUUUAAUGAAGUCAGUAACGAUGAUUCGUUAUUGCUUAAAUGUUUAUUGGAUGGUGAUGACCAACAAAAACUGUCUGAUGAUAUUUCUUCACGGAAAUACAUCAUUUAUCCUUGCACUUUACUGACGGAAACUUCUGUGUUGAAGUCACAACUUGUUCCUGUAGGCAAAAUUAAAAAGACCCAGAAGACCAAAUCCAAACCCAAAGCACGUACAGACCAUCAAGUCACAUUCACGAAUAAAGUGAAGUCCUCAGGUUAUUCAACAUCUCCAACGCAUCAAACGAUGUUUACACCAAAAACCAACAAUUUUCAAACUAAAUCAAAGCCUUUGCCUAAAAAAUCGCAUUUCAAAACGAAAAUGAUCCAGGAAAACUUUGAUCCAGAAAAGAUAACUGACUAUAAGACAUCUUUGCAAAUCAGUGACAAUUCUGCUGCCAUAACAUGCAUCAGAAUAUCACCAAGUGGAAGCAAACUAGCCGUCGGUUCAAUCAACAGCUCAGUAGUAGUGCUAAAACAACCACUGGUCAAUAACACAACCAGUUAUCUUGGCCACAGUAAGUCUGUUAACUCUGUCGACUGGAGUUAUAAUAGCAAGUGGCUGGUUACAACCUCAGAUGAAUCGGCAGCCGUCUGGGAAAUGGAUAAACCAGUACCAUUGAUGAAAUUUACCAAAAUAAAAAGCAACUUUUCUUGCGACAAACAAACAAGUUGUUUUACAAAGGAUAUUAAGAAAGCACAGUUCUACUAUAUGGAUAAUUUUAUACUAUUAGCCGCCAGUGAUUCCUUUCAUCUUUACAAAUAUCAUCUAGAUUCAACUAAAGAAGAUAUGCAACGUUACAUUACUAAGAGCAAAUACAAAUCAGUCGGAACCUACCAAACAGAUGGUAACUGUAUAACUGACCUCACAGCUAUUAAUGCUUUCUAUUCUUAUGUAGUGCUUUGCUGCACAACAAAUCGGUCAGUUUCAGUUUAUGAUAUGAAUGUUGGUCAAAUAAUUCAACUGAUUACAAAUGUCCAUCCAACAGUUCCGUACUGUUUAGCCAUGAAUUCAGGCUCAUCUUAUCUCUCAUUACCACCAAAUGCCUACGAUUUAGUUUUGAGUGCUGCUCUCACUGACUCUGUUAAACUGUGGGAUUUAAGGUCGGGCCAGUGUGUGCGCAAACUAGAACAACACUGCAAUCGGGCUUAUACUUGCCGAGCCGUUUUCAGUCCUUGUGGUCAAUAUGUCCUAGCCGGAUCAGAAGACUAUACUGCUUAUUUAUAUGAUGUGAGAGAAGGAAGAUGUUGUACAAGGUUAACUAGACAUUCUGAUGUGGUAACAGAUGUUGCCUACCACCCUUUCAUUCCACAACUUACAACAGCAACUUUAAAUGGUCAACUAUACACAUUUACUUGUCAAAAUUUAUGACAUGUUAGGGAAACACUAGAGUCUCAACAAACUAGGUCUGACAGUUUCAAUGACUGCUUUUAUAAUAGUCUUCGGCUACAUUUGUAAUGCCCUAGGGAGAAGCAAGAGUGUCAUUUGGUACCUUUUAAAUCUGAGGUUAUAUGCCUGUCAUUUAUCUUUUACUUGUCACUGGACUGUAGCCAUGCUGGGGCACUGCUUUGUAGGAUUUGGUGGAAAUAAUCAUUCCCAGUUGGGACUGUGUGUUGAAGUCAUGGUCAUCACUACAGAGCCAGUGAAGACAAAGGAAUUGAGAGUAGGAGAUGAACAGUUUGGUGUGGGAGGAGGAAAAGUUGAGAUAAGAGUGUGAGUCUGUGGGUUUAUAGUGGAUGGAGGUGGUAAGAGAGGAGCAGUGGAUGGUGACAGGAAUAUUGAGAAAGUUGAUGGAGUCAUUGGAAACAGAACAGGAGAAUGCAAGAGUGGGAUGGAAGGACUGGAUGAAAGAGGAGUCAAGAUGUUUGUAGGAGAGUGAGAUUGCACCAAUAUAGUUGUCAAUGUAACAACCAAACAGACCAGGCGUGGAAUAUUGAAUAUUUGAGCCUAGCAUGGUCAAUGAACAGAUUCACAUGGUUGGGGCCCCAUUCUACUCCCAAGACCUGAAGGUAAAAUUCACCCAUGAAUGAGAAGUAAUUUAGAGAGAGGACAAGUUCAGCCGAAUGGAGGUUAGAAGUGUCAAAUUGAAGAUCAGGAUGAAGAUCAAGAAAGUAUUUUAAAGCAAAGAGACCUUUGUUGAGAGGGAUGACAGUGUGUAGGGAUUUUUAUGUUAAGGGUGAACUGGAGUCUGGAGUAAAGGAGAAAGAAUUCAAGGGAUGAAGAGCAUGGUUGGUAUUGUGAAUGUUUGAGGGAAAGGAACCACUAGGGGUGCAAGGACAAGGUCAAAGUAUUUGGAGAUGAGGUCAGUGGGGCAACUGCAGGCAGAAACAAUGGGGCAGCCAGGGUUGUUGGGUUUAUGGAUUUGGGGAAGGAAGUAAAUGGUGGGGAUGCAUGGGGUACAGACUGAGGUUGCAGAUGGUGGGGCUAGAAGGGAGGAAUAAAUAAGAUUGUAACUAGCAGGUAGUGUGACGUGGGGUUAAAGGGUAAAAGGCAAUAGAAAGACAUGUCUUGGAGUUUGUGGAGCGCAUCAACCUUGUAGAGGUCAGCAUGCCACACGACCACAGCUCCACCUUAUUCAACUGGCUUAAUGAUGAUGUCUUGACAGCAUUGGGAACAUCAAAGGGCUGAGAGUUUGGCUUGGGAGAUGUUAUAACGUCAAGGACACCUGAAGUUGAACUAGUCCACAGCGCAUUGACAGACACUUGCAAAUUGAUCAACUGCCUGGAAUUGGAUGGGAGCCAGCAUCCAGUGAGAUGGUCAGUAACCCAGGUCAAUGAAGCAGUUUUCUUCAUUAGAUGCAGGCAAAGUAUCAUGGAAUGGAGCAUGAAAUAUUGGACAUCAGCCCGGGUUUGAAACUUAUUGCUGGAUGGAGUGAGUGUUAGGAAACAGAGACCCCCUACUAAGGAGGGAACGCUUGGCUUCAGAGAGGGAGAGAUCAGGAGGAA